AUGUUUACCCGAUUCUUCCUUAGAACCAACUCAAUAUCGUAUACAUUCGCGUAUCUCCGCAUCAAAACUCCUCAAUGCAUUCCGUUGCCAGCAUCAUCAAACCUCCGUCCGUUCAUAUUCAACUGCCCUGCUGAAUCAAGCAUAACCUUUAGUAGCAUUUUCCACCAGCUGCACUGCCUCGCCAUGAUCCAAAGCAUUGUGCAAGGGCUGAAAGAAGAUACAAAUCCCGCACACAUCCACAUGCGUCACGACCAUGGACACAGAGGCCCUAGGUCUGGAAUAGGCAAUAAGCAUUGGCAACAUUGCUUCGAUUAUCUACGUCAAAUAAUCCUUUGCAAUGAUGACCCCGCCAUUGAAGAACCAAGGAUUAAUUCGACUGGGACAAAAUUCAUCGAUGUAAUAGUAAAGCGUCAAUUUUGUGAUCACAUUACUCUCUUCACGGCGAGUGUCGAGUCUUUUCGAUACGCCAAUGAAGAGAUUCGGACUGGUAAAAGGAAAUUUGCGUAUCACGAUUGA